UCAGUUUCAACGGUAUGUCCUUCUUCUCCUUCCUCCCCCAGUUUCUGUGAUAACACUUCAACUUCAGGUCUCGCUCUUCCAAAAGCUCCCAUCUUUCUGGGUUUCGCUCCUCUACGAUGCACUCCCUCUCCUCCCAUUUAACUCGUCCACUCUCCUCCUCCUUCUCCCACUUCCGCUUCCUCUCAUUUUUCCACUCUCCCAAUUCCCACCCCAAAACUUUCUCUAUUUCCCAAAAGCCCCCCACUUUCUCCAUCCGCAGCUGCACCUCCAUCUCCGCCAAGCCAUCCUCCGACCUCCGCCCCAAGCGCCGCGCCGCCGCUUCCGACGCUAAGCUCCGAGCUCUCCGGAACCUCUUCCCCGGCGUCGGUAUCGACGCUUACGUCAUCCCCUCUCAGGAUGCUCACCAGAGUGAGUUCAUUGCUGAAUGUUACAUGAGGAGGACAUUUAUAUCGGGUUUCACUGGGAGUGCAGGCACUGCUGUUGUCACCAAAGAUAAAGCAGCUCUUUGGACAGAUGGGCGCUAUUUUCUUCAGGCUGAAAAUCAGCUGAGCUCGAGCUGGAUUCUCAUGCGGGCUGGUAAUUUUGGAGUUCCUACAACUAUAGAAUGGCUGAAUGAUGUUUUGGCCCCUGGUGGGAGAGUUGGCAUUGACCCUUUUCUGUUUUCUUCCGAUGCUGCAGAGGAAUUAAAGCAGGGCAUUGCUAAGAAUAAUCAUGAGUUGGUUUUCCUGUAUGAUAAAAAUCUUGUGGAUGAAAUAUGGGAAGAUUCAAGACCAGAACCUCCAAACAAACCAAUUAGAGUACAUGAACUGAGAUAUGCUGGUGUAGAUGUGGCUUCAAAGUUAUCAUCUUUGAGGAAUGAACUUGCUGCAGCUGGUUCAUCUGCGAUAGUUAUAUCUAUGCUUGAUGAAAUUGCCUGGCUGUUGAAUUUGAGAGGAAGUGAUGUUCCACAUUCACCUGUUAUGUAUGCUUAUCUGAUUGUGGAGCUUGAUAAAGCAAAGUUAUUUGUAGAUACGUCCAAAGUAGGUGCUGAGGUGUUGGGUCACCUGGAGAAUGCGGGUAUUGAAUUGAGGCCAUAUGACUCCAUUCUUUCUGAAGUAGAAAGUCUGGCAGCAAAAGGAGCUAAAAUUUGGUUGGAUGCAUCAUCUGUGAAUGCUGCGAUUGUCCACACCUACAACACUGCUUGUGAGAAAUAUUACGAGAGCCUUGAAAUAAAAAGAAAAAGUAAGACUAAGGCGUAUGAGGACUCCAAUGGUUGGUCUGAAGGACCCACCGGAAUGUAUAGGGUUUCCCCUAUCUCUUUGGCAAAGGCUCUGAAAAAUGAUGCUGAGUUAGAAGGGAUGCGAAAUUGUCAUUUAAGGGAUGCUGCUGCUUUAACGCAGUUCUGGGUUUGGAUCGAAGAGCAAAUUAACAAAAAUGUGAAACUAACUGAGGUAGAAGUUGCUGAAAAACUUCUUGAAUUUCGUUCAACGCAGCCUGGUUUUCUAGAUACAAGUUUUGACACCAUCAGUGGCUCUGGUGCAAAUGGUGCUAUCAUACAUUAUAAACCAGAACCAGAUAGUUGCAGUGUUCUGGACAAAAAGAAACUCUUUCUUUUGGAUAGUGGAGCCCAGUAUGUGGAUGGAACAACUGACAUAACCCGCACCGUACAUUUUGGUGAACCUACUGCACGUCAAAAAGAUUGCUUCACCCGAGUUUUACAGGGUCAUAUAGCUCUUGAUCAGGCAGUAUUCCCUGAAAACACGCCUGGUUUUGUGUUAGAUGCAUUUGCUCGCUCUUUUCUUUGGAAGAUCGGACUGGAUUACCGACAUGGAACUGGGCAUGGUGUGGGAGCUGCAUUAAAUGUUCAUGAGGGUCCUCAAAGUAUUAGCUUUCGAUAUGGAAAUACAACGCCCUUACAGAGUGGCAUGAUUGUUAGCAAUGAACCUGGCUAUUAUGAAGACCAUGCCUUCGGCAUUCGAAUUGAGAAUCUUCUUGUCGUGAAAGAAGUUGACACGCCAAACCGUUUUGGAGGAAUUGAAUACCUGGGAUUUGAAAAGCUCACAUUUGUCCCCAUUCAGGCCAAAUUGAUAGAGUUGUCUUUGCUAUCUGCUGCGGAGUUUGAUUGGCUUAAUGAUUAUCAUUCACAAGUUUGGGACAAGGUCUCACCAUUGCUGGAUGGUCCUGCUCGUCAAUGGCUUUGGGACAACACAAGACCUUUAGUCAAGCAGUGAUUCGUACCCUUUAUUUGUUGUGCCGUGUUGUAGCCUUUAUUUGUUGUGCUAUGUUGUACCCUUUAUACCAAGAAUUAGACAGUAAAUAGCCUUGUAUAUACUUUGCCCUGCAUAUUUGAUAGUUUCUGUGAUUACAAGACUCUUCAGAAAAAUGAAUGUGAACAAGGGAAAGUUAUUUUUUUCUUUU